AUGACAAGCUCUUCCUCUCCUUCACGCAAGGCUUUAAGCAAGAUCGCGUGUAAUCGGUUGCAGAAAGAGCUAUCAGAGUGGCAAGUAAAUCCUCCUACUGGGUUUAAGCACAAAGUUACUGAUAAUCUCCAAAAAUGGGUAAUUGAGGUUAUAGGAGCACCUGGUACGCUCUAUGCAAACGAAACUUACCAGCUUCAGGUUGAUUUCCCUGAACAUUACCCCAUGGAAGCUCCUCAGGUCAUUUUUAUUCCGCCGGCACCGCUACAUCCACAUAUUUACAGCAAUGGACAUAUUUGUUUAGAUAUUCUGUAUGACUCGUGGUCACCAGCGAUGACGGUGAGUUCAGUCUGCAUCAGCCUUCUCUCGAUGCUAUCAAGUUCACCCACAAAGCAACGCCCAACUGAUAAUGACCGAUACGUGAAGAAGUGUAAGAAUGGGAGGUCUCCUAAAGAGACAAGGUGGUGGUUCCACGACGACAAGGUCUGA